AUGGCAACAACCACUUUGACAUCAGAAGAAAUCCCUCCAUUAUUGAAAAGGAAUCAUAUAGUUUCUGGAUAUCGACCAUUGAACCAACCAAGUUCAUAUUACUUCAAGUCAGCGUUCUGCUCUCACAAUGAAGUGAUUAAUGUAUGGACACACUUUGUACCCGCAGUUGUACUCAUUCUCUUCUUUUUAAUCCCGGAAUUACGUUCCGACUUACCUCGUGUUCCUGUCCUUGUUUUAUACAUGGGGAUCGCUUGCUUAUUGCUUGGUUCUUCAUCAGCUCAUUUACUGCAUUCACGAUCUCCUAUAGAUCAUAUUUUUUGGUUUUUGAUCGACUUUUCUGGGAUAGCUUUGUUUGGAGUUUCGAUUGGACUACAGCGGUUUGCUUGUAACCAAGAAAUGGGUCUACUGGCUCGAAUCGCUUAUUUACCAUCUCUUCUGGCUGUCGUGUUAGGUUUGCAGUUUCUGUCAAGCUGUUAUCUAUUCGUGUGUCGUCCUCAUUGGAAGUACCGUUUGGAAUUGCGGAUGCUAACAUGCUUAUUUUUGGCAAUUUGGUUGUAUAUUCCUCUUUUACAUCGUUAUUGGGUGUCAUCUGAAUCCGAAGAUGAAGGUCUUGCCUUGCAUACAAAAGCCUUUUUAUGGUUACUGUACAGCGGUAUCUUUAUGGGAGGCCAUGUUCCUGAACGAUUUGCACCUGGAAAGUUUGAUAUCUUUGGCUACGGUCACCAGCUUUUCCACUUAUGUAUUAACAUGCUUGCUUGGAAUCUGUGUGAAGCAGCUGAUAUGGACUGCGGUGCAAGUGACGGUUCUAUCAACAAGCCUAUUAAUGCAGUAAUACUAGGAGUUUUCGUGCUUUCUUUCGUUUAUAUCGUUUUCGUUCUCAAAAAUCUUAUGGGUAGAGCUAAAGAUCUGAAAUAUGAUUAA